AUGUCGGUGACACUGCAGCGUCAGCCGCCGCAGCAGCCGCAGCCGCAGCCGCAGCAGCCGCAGCCGCAGCAGCCGCAGCCACAGAGCUCAAGCGCAAGGUUGAGGAGCGUGCGAAGCAGAACGCGGCCAACGAGGACGCCGGCAUCCCCAGCAAGCGGCGGGCUUGGGCAAGCAGCGGCGCGCGGCGCUGGCCAAGCGCAAGGAGGCCGCGGCGAACGCCGCCGACAGCCCCGCCCAGAGCCUCCAGAAGCCGCCGCCUCCGCGGCACAUUGGGCGGCUGUUCAGCCUCCUGCCCUGCAAACACGGCUUUGA